GUUGCUUGGGGACAGACCCCCUGGCAGCCGCUCUCAGGGGCAAGAGGCUGGCUCCAGAGGAGGAAUCCAGGGGAGGGGAAGCCUAUGACCCCCCCAGGGAGGAGAAUACGCAGUGGGGACCCCUCCAGUCCUGAGUUUUUCGCUGGGGCAUUCAGGGCGUGUUGUGGAAACAACGAGGCGCGUUCAGACGGGCUGAGUCUGCAGAGGAUGUCCCUUCAUUCAGGAGGGCAAAGCCCCGAGCAGAGUGCAAAGUGCAAAGGGGUUUUUCUAGGAGAGGAAAAUAAUGCCUCUAGGGCCAUUGAGGGGGUGAAAUGUAAGGCCAGGAUCUGCUGGGCAGGACCCAAAGGAAGGGGGGGAAGCAGCAAAUGGGGAGAAGAAGAGCCCUCUCCCUCCCCUCCCAACUAGUUCACAUUCACACCGCACUUCCUGGGUCAGAAAGAGCCUCUCCCUGCAACACAAAGAAGCCUCCCAAGAAAGAAGAGCCGGAGGAUGAAGCCCUGCAAGAGAGAGCUGCACAUUCAAGGGCUGCAAGAAACUCCUGUAAAGAAAGAGCAGUUGACACCGGCAGCAAAACUGCAAGUCAGUUCAUCGUUAUCGGAGCUGUUGGACAGAAGUCAGAAAACAAGCCCAAACUAAGGUGGGGUCCAUCCCUGAAGAUGGAAGCUGAGUUCCCUCAGAUGGAAGGAGGUGUCGUAGAGGAAGGGGAGCCAGCCUGGGCCCAGGAUAAUACCCAAGAUGCCCUCUCACAUGGCAGCCAAGAGACAAUGUUGAUCCAUUCUCUUUGCGGAGAUGUGGAAACAGCUGCUGCACUUCCAGUCCAAGUCGGGGAGAUAAGCAGAGGACAGCCUGAGUCCCCCCUCCUUUCUCAGUCUCCAGUGUCCUUUGAGGAAGUGGCCGUGUAUUUCACAGAGGCAGAAUGGCCAUUGCUGGAUCCAGACCAAAGAGCUCUCUACGAGGACGUCAUGCUGGAGAACUAUGGGAUCGUGGCCUCUCUGACACGUAAAAAGGAGACAGUUGGGGGAUUUCGGGGAUUCUCCAUGGGAAAAGAGGAUGAGCAAUGGAAUGAGGGUGAUGAGGAAGUGCAUUUGCUACUAACAGAUAAGGUGGCAGAUGAAGAUCUGAAAGAAAACUUCAGGAAUCAAGGCAGACCUAAGAGGCAGAAAAGGUGUCAUAUGGCCAAGAAGAAAGAUAAACACAUUUCAUGCCAAGGGCAGGAUUUUGGUGAACUAAUCCGCACAUUAGAAGUAGCAUAUAAAUGCCUGGAGUGUGGAAUGAACUUCUCAGAUCAAAGCCAAUAUGAGCUCCAUUUGCAAAUACACACUGGAAAGAAAAUCCAUCAAUGCUUGGAGUGUGGCAAGACUUUCCUUUUCAGACCAGAGCUCCUUAGGCAUCAAAGAACACAUCAAGGAGAGAAACCUUACAGCUGCUCAGACUGUGGUAAGAGCUUCUCACAACAAUCAGAUCUUUUUCAACACCAAAGCACUCAUUCUGGAGAGAAGCCAAUAACCUUGUUAGAAAGGACAAUGACCUUCUCUGGCAGAAGAAAGGGUAAGGUACAUAUUCCAAAGCACUGUAUAAUGAGGGCACAUAAAUGCUUCCUGUGUGGAAAGUUGUUCAGUUGCAGAUCGAAGCUCCUUGUGCACAAAAGAACCCACACAGGAGAGAAACCUUUUCAAUGCUUAGAGUGUGGAAAGAGAUUCAAUCAUAGUACCACUCUUCGACAGCAUCAAAGAACUCAUACAAAGGAGAAACCGUUUGAAUGCUCACAGUGUGGAAAGAGUUUCAGUUGGAGUGGCAGUCUUCAAAGGCAUCAAAUAACUCACACAAAAGACCGACCUUUUGAAUGCCUUGAGUGUGGCAAGAGAUUCAGUCGGAGUAGCACUCUUCAGCAACACCAAAGAACUCACACAAAUGAGAGACCUUUUGAAUGCUUCAAGUGUGGAAAGAGAUUCAGUCAGAGUGGCCAUCUUCAAAGGCAUCAAAGAAUUCACACAAGGGAGAGACCUUUUCAGUGCUCAGAUUGUGGAAAGAGAUUUAGUUGGAGUUCCCGUCUUCAACAGCAUCAAAGAAGUCACUCAAAGGAGAGACUUUUUGAAUGCUCAGAGUGUGGAAAGAGAUUUAAUCGGAGUAGCACUCUUCAACAGCAUCAAAGAACUCACACAAAGGAGAGACCUUUGGAAUGCUCACAGUGUGGAAAGAGAUUCAGUUGGCGUGGCAGUCUUCAACAGCAUCAAAAAACUCACACAAAGGAGAGGCCUUUUAAAUGCUCACGAUGUCGAAAAAGAUUCAGUUGGAGCGGAAGUCUUCAAAGGCAUCAACGAACCCACACAAAAGAGCGACCUUUUGAAUGCUUGGAAUGUGGAAAGAGAUUCAGUCAGAGUGGCCAUCUUCAACAACAUCAAAGAACUCACACAAAGGAGAGACCUUUUGAAUGCUUGGAAUGUGGAAAGAGAUUUAGUCAGAGUGGCCCUCUUCAAAGACAUCAAAGAACUCACACAAAGCAGAGACCUUUCCAAUGCUUGGAGUGUGGAAAGAGAUUCAGUCACAGUAGCACUCUUCAAAAGCAUCAAAGAACUCACACAAACGAGAGACCUUUUGAAUGCUUAGUGUGUGGAAAGAGAUUCAGUCAGAGUAGCAAUCUUCAAACACAUCAAAGAACUCACACAAAGGAAAGACCUUUUGAAUGCUUAGAGUGUGGAAAGAGAUUCAGUCAGAAUAGCACUCUUCAACAACAUCAAAGAUCUCACACAAAUGAGAGACCUUUUGAGUGCUUACAGUGUGGAAAGAGAUUCAGGCAGAAGGGCACUCUUCAGUCACAUCAACGAACUCACACAAAGGAAAGACCUUUUAAAUGCUUAGAGUGUGGAAAGAGAUUCAGUCACAGUCGCAAUCUUCAAAAGCAUCAAAGAGUUCACACAAAGGAGAGAUCUUUUAAAUAUUUGGAGUGUGGAAAGAGAUUCAGUCACAGUAGCAAUCUUCAAACUCAUCAAAGAACUCACACAAGGGGGAGACCUUUUGAUUGCGAUAAGUGUGGAAAGAGAUUUGGUCACAGUAGCACUCUUCAAAAGCAUCAGAGAACUCACACAAGUGAGAGACCUUUUGAGUGCUUAGAGUGUGGCAAGAGAUUCCGUCAGAGUCGCAAUCUUCAAUCACAUCAAAGAACUCACACAAAGCAGAGACCUUUUCAAUGCAUAGAGUGUGGAAACAGAUUUAGUCAUAGUAGCACUCUUCAAAAGCAUCAAAGAACUCACACAAAGGAAAAACCUUUUGAAUGCUUAGAGUGUGGAAAGAGAUUCAGUCAGAGUAGUAAUCUUCAAAGGCAUCAAAGAACUCACGCGAAGGAAAGACCUUUUGAAUGCUUAGAGUGUGGAAAGAGAUUUAGUCAGAAUAGCAAUCUUCAACAACAUCAGAGAACUCACACGAAGGAGAGACCUUUUGAAUGCUCAGAGUGCAGAAAGACAUUCAGUCACAAUAGAAGUCUUCAAAGGCAUCAAAGAAUUCACACAAAAGAGAGACCUUUUUAAUGUUCAAUGUGCGUAAAGAGAUUCAGUUAAAGUAGCACUCUUCAAAUGCAUCGAAGAAUUCAUACAAAGCAGAGACAUUUUGAAUGUAGUUUUGGGACUGAUUUAGUUGAAGUAUUAAUGUUUGACAUUUCAAAACACACUGAAAGAGAGAAAACUUUUGAAUGCUCAGAAUUAUUCAAUCAGAGUAGCAGUCUUCAGUGACAUUAAAGGCUGAUACCUAGGACAAUUGUGAUGGCAAAAGACCUUUGCUGUGCCUCAAUACUUUUCGCAAUCCAUGGGUCUCACCAGAAAUUAAAUCAGUAAAUAAUACAAUAAAGUUUUGUUGAAGGGGAUGCAGAAAAGUUCUUUAAAAAAUAGAAUUAUAGCUUGGCAUAACAAGAAUACAUGAAGAUAAAGAAGCUAGGUAAACUGCAUACUUACUUGACACUAGAAAUGUAGAUGUUCUACACAGGGAGGCUUAAUAAGCAGAAAAGGAGCCCGGAGGAAAAAGUUAGUGGGUAAGGUGAUUGACACAUUGCAAAACAUUUAAAGGAAAAGCAAGCCAUGACCUGGUGACCCCUGUUAAUUAAUCCAUGGGCAGUUCUGAUAGAACAAUCCAGGACAGGAGCAAUUAUUCCUUCCCAACCUGAAGAAGCAAACGUUACUUUUCUUGAAAAGUACAAGAUGUUUACUCUUUUUUUCACAGCCCUUUUGAAUGCUCAGAGUUUAAAAAGAGAUUCAAUUAUCCUGCCAAUUGGCCAAGGCAUCUAAGAACCCACACAAAGGAAAAAUCCUUGUGAAUGCUCAGGGCUAGGCCCUAUCUCCCAAUUUGAUCCCCAAUUGUGUCUUAAUUCUUUUUUGAGGGGCUUUAAGGGCAUCCCUGUGAAAAUCUAAAAUACAAUGGGAUGUUCGGGAAAGGUUGAAGAAGCACAUCUGCCUGCCAUGUCCAGAGCACAUUUCCAUCAUGGAGGCUGGAUGUCACUAGGACUUUUAUAUGCCCCCAACCCCCAGCUCCAUGGCCUGUGUACAACUAUAUCUCUACUUUAAGAGUAUUUCAUCAAAGCAAUAGGAGACCAUUUACAGCUAAUGGGCAAUAAUGUCUGAGCCAUCAAAGCAGCCGUUGGAAUUUUUUCAAGAUGGCGUCAGGAUAGGAAUGCUUGUGUGUCGCUCCCUCCAAGAUGGUUUUUAAAUUAUAUUUUACUAUCUCUUCCACCUGGCACCACCACUGAGACACUGCCAUUAUUAAAGAACUACUGCAUUUAAGAACUAAGAACACCAAAAACUAGGGAAGUAAGGAUUGCAGCGUUACUUACAAUCUGAAGUCCACAGCGUCUGCAGCCUCCUCCCAGCUACAGCUGCAGUGGUUGUGGCCUUGCCGAUCGGAGGGCUGCUUUGUUGGGACAUACUUCUUGAGGGCGCCUGGUUUUGAUACUGUUUGCUGCCAGGGCUGUCCAGAGUUGUGCCGGGGGCCGCUGGAGUAGUCCCUGGGGUUCCCUGUAGCCAGGAGUUUGUCUA